AUGAUUAGCACCGAUGGCCUCUCUAAAUGCGAGGCGACCUGGCGUGAGACUGGGAAAAGGCCACAGGCGGAGAUGCUGCACCUUCUGUCCGCUGUCAUUGUCUGGCUUGUGACGGGGACAACCAUCUCCAGUCUUAACAAAUGGAUUUUUGCAGUGUACAACUUCAGGUACCCCUUACUGCUGUCGGCCCUGCACAUGUUGACAGCGAUAGUGGUGGACUAUGGGCUUAUUAAACUGCGAAUGCUCCAGCACAAAGGUGGGGUUGACAAGCAGAAGGACCUUACCACCAGCGCCAAAUGCAAGGUGUUUCUAUUGAGCUUGACAUUUUGUGCCAGCAUCGCGUUUGGCAACGUGGGUCUGAACUAUGUCCAGCUGUCAUUUGCCCAAAUGAUCUACACCACCACGCCAAUCUUCACCCUGGCCAUCUCCACCCUGAUCCUGGGCAAGCAACAUCACAUCCUCAAAUACACAGCCAUGAUGCCCAUCUGUCUGGGAGCCUCGUUCAGCAUUAUGGGUGAGGUCCAGUACGACCAGACAGGCUGCUUCUUCGUAUUCGCCGCGACAAUGUUGAGAGGUGUCAAAACAAUCCAGCAAAGUGAGUAAAGUCACAGCUGCUACCUUCAAAUUGCCUUUAUGGUAGUUGUUAUGUUGCAUCUCUGAUGGUGGUUGACAUAUUUGUCAUCACUUUGAAUGUUGAACUGUAUAAUUAACUGGUGUUCACACAUGUAUCUGCCCUCUCAUUGGCUAGAAUGGUCCCACCUGAUCUUGCCUCCUCUCACCUGUUUUCCAUCUUUGAGGACAUGUAUUUCCAUUGCUAGAGCGGUCACUCGAAUAUCUUGUAAAUACUGUAUAAUAGACAGUCUUUGCUGCAAUUUAGCUGGUACACCAUUGACAUUUAAAUUGAAUUGAAACUUUAACUUUUAAUUACUACCAGUAAGAUGGCUGCCGGUCCACCCACCGUCGAAUGUCUAUUCUAUUAUCUAUAUUUCUAUGAUUUCAAUAGGUUUCCUAUGGAAGAUUGAUAGUUUAAUUUAUAACAAAGGAUAUUCUCACACAAGUCAACAUUAUUGAUGUGUAGACCUCCAACCAUAUUUGUGGUACCAUUUGAAAGGUGAAAUGUCAUUUUAGUACAUUUAUCAGCCAAAACAUGACACUCACCCAGUAUUCAAGAGUAUGCUGUGUCUCAACCAAUGGCAGGCACAACACAAACACCUCAGAUGAUGUAAAAUAUGGUCUAAGCUAAAGCGUAUAUGAACAAAAAAGUUAGUGUAAAAAGGGUCAAUGCAGAUAGUCUGGGUAACUAUUUAACUAACUAUUUAGCAGUCUAAUGGCUUGGGGGUAGAAGCUGUUCAGAUUCCGGUUGGUUCCAGACUUGGUGCAUCAGUACCGCUUGCCAUGCAGUAGUAGAGAGAACAGUCUAUGACUUGGGUGGCUGGAGUCUAUGACCAUUCUUAUGGCCUUCCUCUGACACCGCCUUGUAUCGAGGUCCUGGAUGGCAGGGAGCUCGGCCCCAGUGAUGUACUGGGCUGUACGCACUACCCUCUGUAGCGCCUUGCGGUCGGAUGCCAAGCAGUUGCCAUACCAAGCGAUGAUGCAGCUAGUCAAGAUGCUCUCAAUGGUGCAGCUGUAUAACUUUUUGAGGAUCUGAGGGCCCAUGCCAAAUCUUUUCAGCCUCCUGAAGGGGAAGAGGCAUUGUCAUACCGUCUUCAUGACUUUGUUGGUGUGUGGACCAUGAUAGUUCCUUAGUGAUGUGGACACAGAUGAAGUUGGAGCUCUUGACCUGCUCCACUACAGCCCCGAUGAUGUGAAUGGUGGCGUGCUCAGCCCUCUCACAUAGCAUUCUCACAUAGGUAAAUCUCACAUUCUCACUCUUGUCCAGGUGGGAAAGGGCAGUGUGGAGUGUAGUAGAGAUUGUGUCAUCUGUGGAUCUGUUUGGGCGGGUAUGCGAAUUGGAGUGGGUCCAGGGUGUCUGGGAUGAUGGUGUUGAUGUGAUCCAUGACCAACCUUUCAUGGCUACAGAUGUGAGUGCUACGGGGCAAUAGUCAUUUAGACAGGUUGCCUUUCUUGGGUACAGGGACUAUGGUGGUCUACUUGAAACAUGUAGGUAUUACAGACUGGGUCAGGGAGAGGUUGAAAAUGUCAGUGAAGACACUUGCCAGCUGGUCAGCACAUGCUCUGAGUAUGCGUCCUGGUAAUCCGUCUGUCCCUGCAGCCUUUUGAAUGUUAACCUGUUUAAAGGUCUUACUCACAUUGACUACGGAGAGCAUGAUCACACAGUCGUCCGAAACAGCUGGUGCUCUCAUGCAUGGUUCAGUGUUGCUUACCUCGGUAGGCAUGUGUCACUGGGCAGCUCGCAGCUGGGUUUGCUUUUGUAAUCCGUUAUAUUUUGCAAGCCCUGCCACAUCCGACGAGCAUCAGAGCCGGUGUAGUAGAAUUUGAUCUUAGUCCUGUAUUGAUGCUUUGCCUUUUUGAUGGUUCGCCGGUGGGCGUUUUGAGAUUCCUUAUAAUUGUCCAGAUUAGUGUCCCGCUCCUUGAAAGCGGCUGCUCUAGCCUUUAGCUCAGUACAGCUGUUGCUUGUAAUCCAUGGCUUCUGGUUUGGAUAUGUACGUACGGUGACUGUGGCGACAGCGUUGUUGAUGCACUUAUUAAUGAAGCCGGUGACUGAUGUGGUAAACUCCUCAAUGCCAUCGGAUGAAUCCGGUACAUAUUCCAGUCUGCGCUAGCGAAACAGUCCUGUAGCUUAGCAUCCGCUUCAUCAGACCACUUCUGUAUUGAGUGCGUCACUGCGACUUCCUGUUUUUGCUUGUAAGCAGGAAUCAGGAGGAUAGAGUUAUGGUCAGAUUUGCCAAAUGGAGGACGAGGGAGAGCUUUGUAUGCGUUUCUGUGCGUGGAGUAAAGGUGAUCAAUAGUUUUUUUGCCUCCAGUUGCACACAUGACAUGCUGGUAGAAAUUAGGUAAAACGGAUUUCAGUUUUCCUGCAUUCAAAUUACCGGCCAUUAGGAGCGCCGCAUCUGGAUGAGCAUUUUAUCAUUUGUUUAUUGUCUUAGUACCAGCAUCGGUUUGUGAUGGUAAAUAGACAGCUACGAAAAAUAUAGAUUAAAACUCUCGAGACUUCCUUAAUUCCCUUCCUGUAUUUGAGCAGUAUGAACUUGUUCAUAUAUUUGCUCUACUUGUUUUGUUAGUGGACUGUACAGUGCUGUACUGAUAAUGAGUCUCAUGAUGUGAAAUCCACUCUGAGUAAACAAACCUAUGACAUUUCCAUGUUCUGAACAUGGCAGAUUUGACAUUACGUUAAAAUAAUGACUCAUGGUCUGGAUUUUCUCCUCACUCAGAACCACCAUCCUGAAAUACCAAUGUAGUUGGAUGGUGUCGUGUCGUGUUUCAGCAGCUAUUUUCAACCUACCAUCGUAAAGGACCCACUUGUUUACUUUAUAUGACACAUAUCAGUGGUGUACGUGUCUUGUUUUGCUACAGGCGGCUCACUCCCUAGGUAUCCAUGCAAUUAUCUGACAUGUUGUUUCGCAAAUAGAACACAUCUUAAUGAUAUGAAUGUGGAACUACAGUGCUGUUCUGUAUGAUUAUGUUUAAAUUAUGUUUUAUUUCUCUCUAUCCUCUCUUAUCUAUUUAAUCUCGCCACCCAGAACCAAAUCUUGUGUUUGCGCUAUAAUGUUUAGUCUGUCAUGAGACUACUUUGUAUUUAAUCACUGCGUGUUUAGCCUACUUUUGUGUGUGUAUUCUGCUUCUCUCUAUGUAGCUUAUAUUUCAAUGGUUUUCUUUGUGUGUCUCUCAGGUAUGUUGCUCCAGGAGGAGAAGAUCAACUCUGUGUUCCUGCUCUACCUGAUGUCUAUCCCCAGUUUCUGCAUCCUGGCCGUAGCUGCUCUGGCCCUGGAAAACUGGGCCGUGCUGGAGUCUCCAAUGCACUACGACCACAACCUGUGGCUCUUCAUCCUGCUCAGCUGCCUUGGCUCUGUCAUGUACAACCUGGCCAGCUGCUGCGUCAUCACUCUCACCUCUGCCGUCACCCUGCACAUCCUAGGCAACCUGAGCGUGGUGGGCAACCUGCUGCUCUCCCAGCUGCUGUUUGGCAACGAGAUGUCAGCGCUCAGCUGCGCUGGUGUGGCGCUCACGCUCUCUGGCAUGCUCAUCUACCAGAACUCUGAGUUCAUCUCUGACUACCUGGAUGCACGGCGAGCCAAAGCCAGGGAGCUCAGCCGAGGGAGGGAGGAGGAUAUUGCUGGCCCAUUCCAACCGGCCCCCCAAGACCAGCAGGAGAGGGUAGACGCCGACGGCAAGAGAGAGGACCAAGAUGGACUGAGAGAGAAGAGAGAGAGCGGGAGGAGAGAGGAGAGAGAGAGAGAGAAGAAGAGAGAAAGAAGAGAGAGAUGA